CCAUGCCAUGUUUUACUAUUGUACGUAUUUGUUCGAGUGGAGAAAGAAACCGUAUGACUUCAGCAACGUGAGCACAGUGUGCGUUUACUACUGACCGCGUAAAUUAAUCGCUUCGCAUAUCAGCCAAUGGGAAGGAGGAGUGGCAUGCAAAGCGAAAGUUAAUGGCAGAACUUAAGGAGCACAGGACGCUGAGCGGUGACAAUGAUCUGUACCGGUGGUGGUUGACUUGGCGAGCAUGUUUUAGGUCUCCGCAGAGCUGUCAGAUGGAUCUGUGUUCCCCGUUUGCUUUAUUGUCUGGCUGGGCUACGAUGGUCUGUCUGCUCGGGGCUGCGCUCUGCUCCAAAGACAAAACCAUUUGUCCAUGUCCAGAGAUUAAAUCAUUAGGACCUCGAACUCAACCUCCACCAGUGACCUGCUUCAACAUUAGCGACACUUUUCGCUACAAGUGCAUCGAAAAUUAUGUGAGGCAGGUGGGAACUUCCAAUCUCAUCAAAUGCAAGCAAUCUGACAAUGGUACUCGGCAUUGGGCCCCGGACAAACCCAGCCUCAAUUGUAUACCUGACCCAAACAAAACGACAACACAACCACCAAGCAGCACAGCAACAACUGACCCACAUGGAACCACAACACAGCCACCAGAGAACACAGUAACAAUGGGUCACGCUGGUUUUCCCCAUGACUCCACCAUUGCCACCACAGUCAGUGAGUUCUCAGCUUCCUCCAGCACAUGGAUGACCCAGAGUUUAAGCCCCUCCCCUUCCUCAGUUCCUGCAAAGCCAGAGCGAGCAGAGCCAACCUCACCUGGUCUGCAGGUCCUGACAAGUCAGCCACAGGGAAAAGAAGAGCAUGUGACGCCGAGCAAAGCGACGCACCAGACAACAUCAACCUCAACCACCACUGAGCCUUCGCACAACGGGGCAAGUGAUGCUCAUGCGUUCCCCCCUGUUGCCAGAACGGUGAUCGGCUGUGCUUCUGUGGGGAUCGGCUGUGCUUUAAUCGUAAUCACUUUAUUUUGUUAUAAAAGGAGGUCAAAGCACAACAUCCCAAAGCGGACGUCAGAAGAAGAGAUACCCAUGAAAGAAGGAGCGUCUGAGCGCUGAACAGGCGUCGUAGAGUUUGACCUGCCGAUGUCAAAGAGAGCAGCGACAGAGCCUUACUGGAGCUCGUGGGAUUGCCCCCAUGCAGUGAAGAACCCAUUUGAUGUUAUUUAAGUGUCACCAGAGAGCAUAAUAGCUGGCUUCAUUAUGACAUUUGUUGUUUGCACAAUCCCCAAACAGUUGAACUCACAACCUGUCAGUGUGCAGAUCUCAACUAAAUAUUUUAACUGUGCAUGUGGAACUGUAACUUUGAAGACUUUGUCUGUGAACAUCUGGUGCUACAACAGGUGGUGUUUUUUUUUAAAUCUUUUUUUAUA